UGGUUUGCAGAAUAUUCUGCCAUGUAUAUGGGGUGCUUUGGGUUUUAUUGUUUUUGCUGCAAUGCUUUUUUUACAUGUACAUGAUCUUCCUUUUUUUUUUUCAGGUCUUGACUAUAAACUUACGUAAGUUCUAAAAAUGGGAAGAAUUUUUCUGGAUCAUAUUGGCGGCACUCGCCUGUUCUCCUGUGCAAACUGCGACACGAUUCUGACCAAUCGUUCUGAGCUCAUCUCCACUCGUUUUACAGGGGCCACGGGAAGAGCCUUUCUUUUUAACAAGGUGGUAAAUUUGCAAUACAGUGAAGUUCAGGAUCGGGUCAUGCUCACUGGCCGCCACAUGGUUCGAGAUGUGAGCUGCAAGAACUGCAACAGCAAAUUGGGUUGGAUCUAUGAAUUUGCCACUGAAGACAGCCAGCGCUACAAGGAAGGCCGUGUUAUCCUGGAAAGAGCGUUGGUCCGAGAGAGUGAAGGAUUUGAGGAGCAUGUUCCAUCCGACAAUUCCUGAAAAGGCUUGAGUCUCUUUGCAGGUUCUCUUCAAUUGAAACUCAAAAAUAAUAAAAUCAACAAAAAAAUCUGCUUACAUACACUGUCACCUUAGCAUCAGAGUCGGAUUCAUGGACUACAGAGUGGGAAAGAUUGUGAGAGUAUUUCAGAUGGAACCUUCCUUUCUUUAUUCCUUUUAUAUUUUACUUUCCCUCCAGCAGCUGUUUGUAGAAAGAAUGUUGUGCAGAUGCUGUAACUUUUUCUCUCUUGCAUUUACAUCUGUUAGAUUUGAGAUUGUAUCUACAGAUACAGUGGACUAAAAGGAAAAUACUUGGGGGAUUUGUCUUUUGUUAGAGAGAAAUCAAUGAAUUUUUUUAGUUUGCACAAACUGAUGUCAGCGUAAAGUUAUUUUAAAACUACAGAUGUUUUUUAAAAAGUAUAUUCCAAUUUUUGGCUUAAGUUUUUAGUUAGUUUUGUUUUUUUUUUUCCCGGUCUUUUCACCUGAUUUGCUAGCUAAAGUAAAGAGAUCCGAAUUUGUGCCGAGUGCUAAAGGUUCAGUGUUGGUACAGCUUGGGCUGGCCCUUGUGCCAUAUUCUUGUUGAGGUUGAUUGGUAGCACAGAGCCCAUUAUUUCUUGUCGUUCUUGACCCAAAGAUGUCACCAUUCCUUGUUUAUUUGUGAAGUCCCAUUCACCAUGUAAACUGGUGUUGAUUGGAAACUAUUCUUGAAAUAGGGCAAAACUGCUUGGCUUUUUUUAAUUUUAACUGAUGUAACUUAUAAGCAUAGUAAUAAUAUAAAAUAAUAGUUGUCUGUUUAGUCUUGCGUUGCUUACAAAUCAGAAGCUGUGUUUGUAUUAAUAGGGAUCCACUGAGAAACUACUGUUUCAGUAGUAAUUUUUUUUUCGUUUCUCUACUAAUCUCAUUAAGUAGACAGGCAAUUGCAAAUCUUAAUUCUUCUUCAAGUAGCUUUCUUUAAACCCAGAACUUCCUAUGUUAAACACAGCUGUUGUGUAAAAGGAGAAGAUUGCCAGCAUGUUUGUUCAUGCCUAGAGUUAUGCAAUCUGCAUCUCUUGAAAAGAUUAACUUAAACAGCUUGUUUUCAAAUGCUGCUUCUGGUGUUGAAACCUUUAUCUUUCAACUUUGUUGAACCUUUUCAUUGUGAUGUUACAUUUUUAUCUUUCUGGGCAGCAGUACAUGUCAGCCUAGUAGUAACUAGUGACUUGGAUUCCUGCUUUCUUCUUGUAGAGGUCAGCUCUGUUUAAAACAGUGAUCUUGCUUGCCUUUUUAGCAAAAAUGCUCUUCAUUAACUUAAAUCCAGGGUACCCAAAUACUUUCAUUGUCUCUUAAGCCAUAAGUUAAGAUCUCAAGGGCUGAAAUUAAUUUGAAUGUUAGAUAUGUAUUAUUCCUUAUCAAAGAUACAAGUUGUUUUUUUUUUUCUUAAUGGAUAAAUUGUGGUCAAUGCGAAAUAAGUUACCCACAGAUAUACAAGAGGGGAAAAAAACCCCACCCAACCAAACAGAUCUGGGCUCUGACUUUCAGAAUAACUUUUCUCCACUAGCCACAGCUCCAUAUCUGAAACUAAAAUGUGGAGGGUGACUAUGCAGAGUAUUUUUCUUAAUUUUUUUGAUUGCCCAGUGGCAAUUUGGACACCCCUGACUUGAAUCUACUGCCUAUUUCAUGUAAAAGUAGCUUUAUUAUAGAAUAGUCACAUAGAAAGAAAACAGAGUAGAUCACAUACCAGAGCUGUGCUUGAAUCAAGCUGCUUAAACAAUAGUGUACUUGUGCCUCAAAUGAAUCAGUUUUUGCACUGAGUACAGUAGUACCCCAUUAUCUUGUACUUCUGUCCUUCACAGACCCUAAAAGCCCCAUUAGCAUGGUUCUCUGCAGUACUUUUCUUGUACUUCUGACAUUACAGUACAAUAAAGUAUGUUUUGUCCUGAAUUGA